AUGGAAGGGGCGAAGCCGACUUUGCAGCUCGUGUAUCAGGCAGUGCAGGCGCUUUACCACGACCCAGAUCCCAGUGGAAAGGAGCGCGCCUCGUUUUGGCUUGGGGAGCUGCAGCGUUCGGUUCAUGCAUGGGAAAUUUCAGACCAGUUGUUACAGAUUCGCCAGGAUGUGGAAUCGUGCUAUUUUGCUGCACAGACCAUGAAAAUGAAGAUUCAGACCUCAUUUUAUGAGCUCCCCACAGACUCUCAUGCCUCUUUGCGGGACUCAUUGCUAACCCAUAUCCAGAACUUGAAAGACUUGUCACCUGUUAUUGUAACGCAGCUGGCUUUAGCGAUAGCAGACCUUGCCCUACAGAUGCCUUCCUGGAAAGGGUGUGUACAGACAUUGGUGGAAAAAUAUAGCAAUGAUGUAACUUCUCUGCCUUUUCUUCUGGAAAUCCUUACAGUAUUACCUGAAGAAGUGCAUAGUCGUUCGUUACGAAUUGGAGCUAACAGGCGCACAGAAAUUAUAGAAGAUUUGGCCUUCUACUCUAGUACAGUGGUAUCUCUGUUGAUGACCUGUGUAGAAAAAGCAGGAACAGAUGAGAAGAUGCUUAUGAAGGUCUUUCGCUGUUUGGGAAGUUGGUUUAACUUGGGAGUUUUGGACAGUAACUUCAUGGCUAACAAUAAGUUACUAGCACUCCUUUUUGAGGUUUUGCAACAGGAUAAGACCUCGUCCAACCUGCAUGAAGCUGCUUCAGACUGUGUGUGCUCAGCUCUCUAUGCCAUUGAGAAUGUGGAGACCAACUUGCCAUUAGCCAUGCAACUUUUUCAGGGAGUCUUGACAUUGGAGACUGCCUAUCAUAUGGCUGUAGCACGUGAAGAUUUAGACAAAGUUCUGAAUUACUGCCGUGUUUUCACUGAACUGUGUGAAACUUUUCUUGAAAAAAUUGUUUGUACUCCGGGCCAAGGUCUCGGGGACCUGCGAACUCUGGAGCUGCUGCUUAUCUGUGCAGGUCAUCCUCAGUAUGAGGUAGUGGAAAUUUCCUUUAACUUUUGGUACCGACUAGGGGAGCAUUUGUACAAAACUAACGAUGAGGUUAUUCAUGGCAUCUUCAAAGCUUACAUUCAGAGACUGCUUCAUGCCUUGGCGCGACACUGCCAGCUGGAACCAGACCAUGAGGGUGUUCCUGAGGAGAGUGAUGACUUUGGAGAAUUCCGGAUGCGGGUAUCAGACCUAGUGAAGGACUUGAUUUUCCUGAUUGGGUCUAUGGAGUGUUUUGCUCAGUUAUAUUCUACUCUGAAAGAAGGCAACCCACCCUGGGAGGUGACAGAAGCGGUUCUCUUUAUCAUGGCUGCUAUAGCAAAGAGUGUUGAUCCAAAAAAGGCCUUUAGCAACGACAUCCGUCACUACAGCAUGUUUUUCAGCCAGAACAUAACCUCUGAAAUCAGUAAUGAGGACUUGCCUUCUGUAUUCAGGGAGAACAACCCCACACUUGUGGAGGUCCUAGAAGGAGUGGUUCGUCUGCCAGAGACUGUACACACCGCUGUGCGAUACACCAGCAUUGAGUUGGUGGGAGAGAUGAGCGAAGUGGUUGAUCGAAAUCCUCAGUUUCUGGACCCCGUGUUGGGCUACUUGAUGAAAGGCCUGUGUGAAAAGCCCCUGGCUUCUGCUGCAGCCAAAGCCAUCCAUAACAUCUGCUCCGUCUGCCGAGAUCACAUGGCUCAGCACUUCAGUGGGCUCCUGGAGAUCGCCCGCUCCCUUGAUUCCUUCAUGUUGUCUCCGGAAGCUGCGGUGGGCUUGCUGAAAGGGACAGCGCUUGUCCUAGACAGAUUACCUUUGGAUAAGAUUACUGAAUGUCUUAGUGAACUGUGUUCUGUUCAGGUGAUGGCAUUGAAGAAGCUGUUGUCUCAGGAGCCCAGCAAUGGCAUAUCCUCAGAUCCCACCGUGUUCUUAGAUCGUCUUGCAGUGAUAUUUAGACACACCAAUCCCAUUGUGGAAAAUGGACAGACUCAUCCGUGCCAAAAAGUCAUACAGGAAAUAUGGCCAGUUUUAUCUGAGACGCUAAAUAAGCACCGGGCUGAUAAUCGGAUUGUAGAGCGUUGUUGUAGGUGCCUCCGCUUUGCUGUUCGCUGUGUAGGCAAAGGAUCUGCAGCCUUGCUCCAGCCACUGGUAACACAGAUGGUGAAUGUUUACCACGUGCAUCAGCACUCCUGCUUCCUGUACCUUGGCAGCAUCCUUGUGGAUGAGUACGGCAUGGAAGAGGGCUGCCGGCAGGGACUUCUAGACAUGCUCCAGGCACUGUGCAUCCCCACCUUCCAACUCCUCGAACAGCAGAACGGUCUGCAGAAUCACCCGGACACUGUAGACGACCUCUUCAGGCUGGCCACCAGGUUCAUUCAGCGUAGCCCUGUCACCUUGCUGAGGAGCCAGGUGGUCAUCCCUAUCCUACAGUGGGCUAUUGCCUCUACCACCCUGGACCACCGGGAUGCCAAUUGUAGUGUCAUGAGGUUCCUAAGAGAUCUCAUUCAUACAGGGGUCGCCAAUGAUCAUGAGGAGGACUUUGAGUUGCGGAAGGAACUGAUUGGCCAGGUGAUGAGCCAGCUUGGACAGCAGCUUGUCAGCCAGCUGCUCCACACCUGCUGUUUUUGUCUCCCACCCUACACCCUGCCCGACGUGGCUGAGGUGCUCUGGGAGAUCAUGCAGGUUGACAGACCGACUUUUUGCCGAUGGUUAGAGAAUUCCUUGAAAGGUUUACCAAAGGAGACGACCGUGGGAGCCGUCACAGUGACACACAAACAACUUACAGACUUCCACAAGCAAGUCACGAGUGCUGAGGAAUGUAAGCAAGUUUGCUGGGCCUUGAGAGACUACCAGAUUGUUUCGAUAGCUCACACUCCUGCACUGUGCCUGUCACCCAGGAAUGUCUUUUUUAAUUAG